UUGAAGUAAAGUAUAAGAGCGCGGCGCGGAGCGGGGCGCAGGGACUGCCGCUCAGCUGGGAGACGCUGGAGAUGAUACAUGGUCGCUUGUAGACGGUUUUGAACCCUCGUUCUGACCAGACAGUUUUUCAGCCAUGACUUGCAUACAUCCCCAGCACAGAUCGCAGCUCUAUGAGAACAGCAUGAGCAGCUUGGAGUCUCAGGGCGCAGACAUCACCUCUUGGCUGGACAUGAGCAGCCCGCAGCACCUUUCCGCCUCUUCCCUGCCGAGUGCCGCUCAGGUGCUGCUUGCGCCCGCUGAGGACUACGAAGCCUACUCCUGCCAGUUCACUACAGCCCCAGCAGUCACGUCUCCCUCGCACCAGGAGGGACAGUACAACAUGGAGGAUCUACAAAUCUACGGCUGUUACCCAGGGCCACUUAUGCUGAACUAUCCAGGGGAGGCCAUGUCUCCCAGUAGAUCGGAUUAUUACGGCAGCCCUGCCGCAGCUUCGUCCCCUUCGACGCCCGGAUUUCAGAGCCAGCCUGCGUCCAACUGGGAUUCAGUUUUUGGGACAUAUUCGGCCAGUCCUGAAUGUUGGAUGGCCAAGGACAUCUCAGGACCAAAUGCAUCCACUUUAUUUCCAUUCGGCUCCGGGCCCGUGGAGGAUGUGCCUCAUUUUGGGACGUCGCUUUUGCAAGAGCAGGAACUUUUUACUUUGGCUCACCCUCUUCAAUCCGGACUGACCUUCCCGACUGCGGUGAGGGAGCCGGGGUUCAGCCUCCAUGGCAACGAACAGCUGGACGCCACUUUAUCGCCCAAACUGAAACGUGGAAAUGAGGGCGACUGCGCUGUGUGUGGAGACCAUGCUUCCUGUCAGCACUACGGCGUUCGCACCUGUGAAGGAUGUAAAGGCUUUUUCAAGCGAACAGUGCAGAAAAACUCCAGAUACGUUUGCAAUGCCAACAAAGACUGUCCUGUGGACAAGAGGAGGCGCAAUCGGUGCCAGUUCUGCCGCUUCCAGAAGUGCCUCGCUGUGGGGAUGGUGAAGGAAGUUGUGAGAACAGACAGCCUGAAAGGCCGCAGAGGUCGUCUACCUUCAAAACCUAAAGUGAUUCAGGACACGCCUGGCCCAGUAUCCCCAGUAAACAUGAUUGCUUCCCUAGUUCGAGCCCAAACGGAGUCAAACCCCAGCAUCAGCGCUCUAGAUUACUCUAAGUAUGUUGAGCAGAAAUUCAGCAUGAACCAGAAGGAAGACGUCAGUAAUGUCAAGCACUUUUACGACCUCCUCACAGCGUCUUUCGAGGCCAUCAGGAAAUGGGUGAAGGACAUCCCUGGUUUCUCCAAUUUCUGUCUUGAGGAUCAGGAACUUCUGCUGGAAUGUGCUUUCAUUGAACUCUUCAUUCUGCGUCUUGCUCAUCGGUCAAACCCUGAAACGGGUGAACUCAUCUUCUGCGACGGCACCGUACUUCACAAAACCCAGUGUGUUCGAAGCUUCGGGGAAUGGAUCGAUUCCAUCCUGGAGUUUUCUCAAAGUCUUCACUGCAUGAAGUUAGAUGAGGAGUCCUUCGCCUGCCUCACAGCCUUGGUCAUAAUCACUGAUCGUUUUGGUCUAAAGGAGCCCAAACGUGUGGAGGAUUUUCAGAACCAGCUCAUCAGCUGUCUUAAAACCCACAUGUCUAGCUGUGGCUCCGAGUCCUUGCCGCCCAAUUAUUUGUCCCGACUUCUUGGGAAGCUGCCUGACCUCAGGACUUUGAGCACCCAAGGCCGCCAGCGUAUAUUUUACCUGAAACUGUCAGAUCUUGUUCCCCAACCUCCGAUUGUGGAAAAGAUCUUUAUGGACACGCUAUUGUUUUAAAUGUUUGGGGGAAAAAAGACAUCUUCAGCUUGUUCACACUCUUCAGGUGAAAUGGCAAGAAACAAAGAGGUGUUACAGUUUGGUGCUACUUCUUAGUGCUUGUAUACAUAGGAUCUGGAUCCAGUACAAUAUGGGUAUCAUGGUUUUAGAUUGAAGGUGGAAUUAUAAAGGUCCAUUCAGACCAAACGGUGAUUGUUUGCAAUGUGAGCAUACAUUCUCUAUCCAGCAGAAGGUGUGAAGCUUGGAAAUAAGUUACUAAACUUCUGUUUAAACAUUAAAAUUAUUUUACAAAACCAACUUCUGAUCCAGACAGGCUUCAUAAUUCUCAACAUUUGAAAAAGAAGUCUCUUAAAACCCCAUUACACUUUAUAUUUAAUGCCACCACAAUGUUUUGGUGAUAUUUUUUGUAGCUUAAAUUUACAAAGCUAUUCAGUGGUAUCAUUCAUGUAUCAUGAAUCAGCAUUGAGCAGCUAAUAUACUGUGUAUUUUUUUAAAUACAGUCUGACACACUGGUUUUCUUUGUGUUUUUGACUCUGUAUUAAACAUGCAGCUGUUUUGACAUAGAAAUAAUGUCCCAGUGUACAGAGAUUUUGUUGUGUGUUUUUUUUACCUGUAACUGUGAAACUUCAUUGCUAAAAUGUAAAUAAAUGCAAAAU